GGAGGGCGGGGUGCGGUUUGGCCGUGAGGGUGGGUCAAGGCCAGGAAAGUAGCACUUGUUCGCUGCUGCCCCAGAAGGCUAGAAGCCGAGGCGCCGAGAGCGGGCAUGGCGACUUGGUCCCAGCCGGACUCGGGUUUCUCUGGAAACCCCCCUGGUAAGUGUGGAGGAGGCAGGACACUCUGACCCAAGACAAAAGGCCUGUAGCUCCAGCCAAAGAAAAUAAACCUUAGGAGGGAGAAGGAAAAAAAAAAAUCCAUCAGCUGUUCCUGAGAACAGCCUACAGUGGAAUCUACAGAGAGGACAACUAAUGUGAGUGAGGAAGUGACUGUGUGGACUGUGGAGACAGUAAGUCACGUGGGCCCUGAGGGCCUGGACUGGGUUAGGAACAGUUGUACUUUCAGAGGUGAGGUGUCGAGAAGGGAAAAGUGAAUGUGGUCUGGCGUGUGGCCUUGGCUCCUCGGGGUGUGCUUUCCUCCUAGGCCAUCAGGGAGCUCAGCCCCUGUGUUCUGCCAGGGUGUGGUACAGGGUUUGGCACUGACAAGGGUAACUGGCUGGCUGGAGCAGCAGAGCAGUGGCCUUGAUUUGUCUUUUGGAAGAUUUAAAAACCAAAAAGCAUAAACAUUCUGGUCCUUCAGCAAUGCUUUCUCUGAAGAAAUACUUAACGGAAGGACUUCUCCAGUUCACCAUUCUGCUGAGUUUGAUUGGGGUGCGGGUGGACGUGGAUACUUACCUGACCUCACAGCUCCCCCCACUCCGGGAGAUCAUCCUGGGGCCCAGUUCUGCCUAUACACAGACCCAGUUCCACAACCUGAGGAAUACCUUGGAUGGCUAUGGUAUCCACCCCAAGAGCAUAGACCUGGACAAUUACUUCACUGCCCGGCGGCUCCUCAGUCAGGUGAGGGCCCUGGACAGGUUCCAGGUGCCAACGACUGAGGUAAACGCCUGGCUGGUCCACCGGGAUCCGGAGGGGUCUGUCUCUGGCAGCCAGCCCAGCUCAGGCCUCGCUCUCGAGAGUUCCAGUGGCCUCCAAGAUGUGACAGGCCCAGACAACGGGGUGCGAGAAAGCGAAACGGAGCAGGGAUUCAGUGAAGAUUUGGAGGAUUUGGGGGCUGUAGCCCCUCCAGUCAGUGGAGACUUAACCAAAGAGGACAUAGAUCUGAUUGACAUCCUUUGGCGACAGGAUAUUGACCUGGGGGCUGGGCGUGAGAUUUUUGACUAUAGUCACCGCCAGAAGGAGCAGGAUGUGGAUAAGGAAGUACGAGGUGGAGCUGAGCAGGACGACACCUGGCCAGGCGAAGGGGCAGAAGCUCUGGUGCGCAACCUGCUAGUGGAUGGAGAAACUGGGGAGAGCUUCCCUGCACAGGUGCCUGGUGGGGAGGACCAGACGGCCCUGUCCCUGGAAGAGUGCCUUAGGCUGCUGGAGGCCACCUGCCCCUUUGGGGAGAAUGCUGAGUUUCCAGCAGACAUUUCCAGCAUAUCAGAAGCAGUGCCUAGUGAGAGUGAGCCCCCAGGUCUUCAGAAUAACCUCUUGUCUCCUCUCCUGACGGGGACAGAGUCGCCAUUUGAUUUGGAACAGCAGUGGCAAGAUCUCAUGUCCAUCAUGGAAAUGCAGGCCAUGGAAGUGAACACUUCAACAAAUGAGAUCCUGUACAGUGCCCCUCCUGGAGACCCACUGAGUACCAACUACAGCCUUGCUCCCAACACUCCCAUCAAUCAGAAUGUCAGCCUGCAUCAGGCGUCCCUGGGGGGCUGCAGCCAGGACUUCUCACUCUUCAGCCCCGAGGUGGAAAGCCUGCCUGUGGCUGGCACCUCCACGCUGCUCCCACUGGCCCCCAGCAAUUCCACCAGCCUCAACUCCACCUUUGGCUCCACCAACCUGGCAGGGCUCUUCUUUCCACCCCAGCUCAACGGCACAGCCAAUGACACAGCAGGCCCCGAGCUGCCUGACCCACUGGGUGGUCUGUUAGAUGAAGCCAUGCUGGACGAGAUCAGCCUGAUGGACCUGGCCAUUGAGGAAGGCUUUAACCCUGUGCAGGCCUCCCAGCUCGAAGAGGAAUUUGACUCCGACUCAGGCCUCUCCUUGGACUCCAGCCAUAGCCCUUCCUCCAUGAGCAGCUCUGAAGGCAGCUCUUCUUCCUCCUCCUCUUCCUCCUCCUCUUCCUCCGCUUCUUCCUCAUCCUCUUCCUCCUUUUCCGAGGAGGGUGCUGUUGGCUACAGCUCUGACUCUGAGACUCUGGACCUGGAAGAGGUUGAGGGCGCUGUGGGCUACCAGCCUGAGUAUUCCAAGUUCUGCCGCAUGAGCUACCAGGAUCCGUCUCAGCUCUCCUGCCUGCCCUACUUGGAGCACGUGGGCCACAACCACACGUACAACAUGGCGCCCAGUGCCCUCGACUCUGCCGACCUGCCACCACCCAGCGCCCUCAAGAAAGGCAGCAAGGAGAAGCAGGCCGACUUCUUAGACAAGCAGAUGAGCCGGGAUGAGCAUCGAGCCCGAGCAAUGAAGAUCCCCUUCACCAAUGACAAAAUCAUCAACUUGCCUGUCGAGGAGUUCAAUGAGCUGCUAUCGAAAUACCAACUGAGUGAAGCCCAGCUGAGCCUCAUCCGCGACAUCCGGCGCCGGGGCAAGAACAAGAUGGCGGCACAGAACUGCCGCAAGCGCAAGCUGGAUACCAUCCUGAACCUGGAGCGGGAUGUGGAGGACCUGCAGCGUGAUAAAGCUCGGCUGCUGCGUGAGAAGGUGGAGUUCCUCCGGUCCCUGCGGCAGAUGAAGCAGAAGGUCCAGAGCCUGUACCAGGAGGUGUUUGGGCGGCUGCGGGAUGAGAAUGGGCGACCCUACUCACCCAGUCAGUAUGCGCUCCAAUAUGCAGGGGACGGCAGCGUCCUCCUCAUUCCCCGCACCUUGGCCAACCAGCAGGCCCGGCGACAGGAGAGGAAGCCAAAGGACCGGAGAAAGUGAGCCUGGGGAGGAUGGGGGGUUGGCACUCACCAGGAUGGAAACUGGAGAAGGGCUGGGCCUGGGCCUGGACCUAUGGUGGGGACUUUAAUGCCUUCUUAUCUGAUAGAUAAUUCUCAGAUGGGAUGACUGUGGGUCAGUGGACAGGAGGCAGUGGGCACUGGCGUGUCUGGCUCAUCUUCCCCUGCUGGGGCGUGGGAGUGGCCAGACCAUCUGUGUGGACAGGGUCCUCACCCCUACCCCUUUCCUUCGUGGGAAGGGUUGGUGCUGGCAUAGCUGGAGGCUGACAAAGGGGAAGGGACUUGUGAGAGGAGAGGAAUGGCUCAUUCCUCCAAGGAAGGAAGGACAAAAACCCAAAAAAUCAAAGUGGGAAGAAAAAAGGUCAGGUUAAGGUUGGCUCUGGCCAGAAUUCCAAGCAGCAGCCUUCUGGUGGGAUUAGGUCAUUGGUAUGAGUGAACCCCACUUCAUCCCAGGGGAGGGGUGGACUGCACCCCAGGGUGGGCUCUGGGAGGGGCUUUGUGAACUCUUUCUGCUCCUGCACUUUGGUGUCCCUGAAAGGGGGCUCCUGGCUGCCUCCUAUAGUGUUUCAGGCUGGGGGAGCUGCUGGGACCCAAUGGUGGCUUAGAGGGUUAGGGUCCGAAGGUAGAGUGAACAGGAAGGGGUCACGAGGCCGCGUGUUGCAGUAGUCCCAACACCGAGCAUGUCACUCACUGCCCUGCCACUCCAUCUCCUCCUGUGCCCAGACACCUCAGCUGAGGCACCCACGGCUCCCUGGGAGCCUGCAUGUGUUUGCUGUUCUCUCCCACCCCCUCGCACCCCUCGCUGCUGCUUGGGGCUCCUCUGCAGCUGGGGUGCUGGCAGUGCCCCCAGUGUUGGGCCUGCCGCCACCUGGGGCCUGCCUGGUGGCAGUGGGUGAUGUAGAGAAGCCAAGCAGUAUUCAGCACAACACUGGGAAGUGACCCUUCCCUUAGAUCUCCCCCACCAACUGGGCUCGGCACUGGAGAAAACUACCAAACCCAGCGACAACAAACUAGUCCUCUUAGAGUUUCUCGCGCUUUGAUUUUUUUAGGGCUUGGGCCCGGUUUCACUUAUAGGGUCUAGAAUGCUUGUGUUGAGUAAAAAGGAGAUACCCCAAUAUUCAAAGCUGCUAAAUGUUCUCUUUGCCAUAAAGACUCCGUGUAACUGUGUGAACACUUGGGAUUUUUCUCCUCUGUCCCGAGGUCUCUGUCUUUCUUCACUGGGUUUCUUUCUAGGAGAAUGAGAAGUGCAUGUAAUGGGAGCUGAGAGUACCUCCCCACAGGCUCUCAGCCACAGGCAACUUCUCCACACCCCUAGCUCAGCAAGGGCUCCUGGAGAACUGCCUGGGGGGGAGGCAGAGAGGGGAGUGCCAAGAUGGCCAGAUAGUUCAGAACCAGUGUCUGUUUUCCUGUUUGUUUGCCACUGCUGCCCCCAUCACACCCUGGCCUGGCUGAGUUCUGUCUGCCCCGGACUACCAGGAGUGAGUUGGGGGUAGGGGGCGCUGAAUCUGUCCCUCACUUGGCAGGGGUGGUAUUCUAACUGAGCAGUAAAGAUAGAAGGCAGGAGCCUGGGAAGUGCUUUUAUAAAUUAUUUUCCUUGCAGAUUUUAUUUUUAAUUUAUGUCUGACCUGCCAGGGAGAGGAGAGAGGGGGAGAUUGAGAGGGAGAGAGAGAGAUGCUGUGAGCACAUGACAAAAUAAAAUAAAAUGGAUGAUUCAUUCUUAAGUGCAAUUUUUCCCAACUUUGAAAUCAAAUUGAGUGAAGGAAAGAGGUCCCAAGAGGGGAGGACUGGCCAUUGUGUGGCUAAGGUAGAGCUCAUGCAGGAAGGUGGGUGGAAAGCAGGGGAGGUGGAUAAUGAGAAAUUCAGAAAGACAAAAGUAUUAAACCCUUAUUAGCAAGACCAAGACAGUGAAAACCUGAGAAACCAACAGAGCAGCACCUGCCAAGCACUUCACUUAAAGCAGGGCCAUAGUAGUAGGAAGCUGGGCCCCAGGGUUUAAGGCUUCUCCGGGGUGAGAAGCCUACCUAACUGAGGUGGCCAGAAGGUACCCUUCCUCAAAAAGCAAAACCCUGCUGUGAUGCUAAGCCUGUGAAGAGCUGAAUGCUUCAGGGUACUUACUGGGUGGUUGCUGGAACCACCACAUGCCCAUGGUGGGGUAGGUGCUUGGCAAUCACCUGAGUACUGAAUGUUCACCUGGCAGUCUGAGAUAAUUGGACAAGGUUUAGGACCAAACACUAUGAUCUCCAUAAUGGAACCUGUGCUCUUGAACCUGUGUACCAACGUCUGACCUGGCUCAGCCCAAUCCUUUAGUGAUGCUAGUAGAGGUUUAUCCUAAGGGGUGGAAUUGAAUUCCUGGAAUGGUAGGGAUUUCUUACUUGCUUCAAUUUAGGAAGGCCUUUUCCAUCUGUAGCUGGGAAAGGAUUGGCCAUACAUAGCAAGUUAGGAGUUCAUUUCUAAUCAGAAAUUAAUUCCUAAGCCAGAUAAAACCAAGAUUCUUAAAGGAGAAAAAAAGACUAAAAAUUAAGUUGGAAAAACUUUAAUUCAUGCUGGUAAAAAUAGACAAAUUACAAGUAAA